AAGGGCGUGUAUGCUUCUCUUAAAAAUAAUAAUAAUAAUAAAAUAAAAAAAGAUUGGCAGCAGCACUGUCAACUUCAUUCCUCCACAUCUCUGCGUCCAGACGCAGCCGGCAGCAGUGCUCAGUUCAGGGCCUGAGCCCACCUCAGACACCCCCCCCCCCUCCCUCCCCCCGGGUGGCUCACCAUGGCAGGGGUCGGUGAUGAGAGCGACCAGGUGCAAUGGUGCUUUUCCCAAGUCAAAGGAGCGAUAGAUGACGACGUCGCCGAAGCUGACAUCAUAUCUACUGUUGAGUUCAACCACUGUGGAGAGCUGCUUGCCACGGGAGACAAAGGAGGUCGUGUAGUCAUAUUUCAACAGGAGCCAGAGAGCAAGAAUCAGCCUCUGUGCCGUGGCGAAUACAACGUUUACAGCACUUUUCAGAGCCAUGAACCUGAGUUUGACUACCUGAAGAGCCUUGAGAUCGAGGAGAAGAUCAACAAAAUUCGAUGGUUGCCCCUGAAGAAUGCUGCUCAUUUCCUUUUAUCUACAAAUGAUAAAACCAUAAAGCUGUGGAAAAUAAGCGAGCGAGACAAGCGACCAGAAGGUUACAAUUUAAAAGAAGAUGAUGGUCGAUAUAGAGAUCCAAAUACAGUUACAACACUACGGGUCCCAAUAUUCAGGCCAAUGGACCUGAUGGUGGAGGCCAGCCCCCGGCGAGUGUUUGCCAACGCUCACACUUACCACAUCAAUUCCAUCUCGGUCAACAGCGAUUGUGAAACCUACCUGUCCUCGGAUGAUCUCCGCAUCAACCUGUGGCACUUGGAGAUCACCGAUCGCAGCUUUAAUAUUGUUGACAUUAAGCCAGCUAACAUGGAGGAAUUGACUGAGGUGAUCACAGCAUCAGAGUUUCAUCCUAACCAAUGCAAUACGUUUGUGUACAGUAGCAGUAAAGGAGCCAUCCGCUUGUGCGACAUGAGGGCGUCAGCACUGUGUGACAACCAUGCCAAAUUGUUUGAAGAGCCAGAGGAUCCAAACAAUCGUUCGUUCUUCUCAGAAAUAACGUCAUCCAUCUCUGAUGUGAAGUUCAGCCACAGUGGACGUUACAUGAUGACCCGUGACUACCUGUCCAUCAAAAUCUGGGACCUCAAUAUGGAGACUCGCCCAGUGGAGAUUUAUCAGGUGCAUGAAUAUCUCAGGAGCAAGUUGUGUUCACUCUAUGAGAACGAUUGCAUCUUUGACAAAUUUGAGUGCUGUUGGAAUGGGAACGACAGCGUGGUCAUGACGGGUUCCUACAAUAACUUCUUCAGGAUGUUUGACCGAGGCUACAGGAAUGAUGUGACCCUGGAGGCGUCAAGGGAGCACAGCAAACCGCAGUCUGUCCUGAAACCCCGCAAAGUAAGCUCGGGUGGGAAGCGCAAAAAGGAUGAGAUCAGUGUAGACAGUUUGGACUUUAACAAGAAGAUCCUCCACACUGCCUGGCAUCCCAUGGACAACAUUAUUGCUGUGGCCACCACCAAUAACCUGUAUAUAUUCCAGGACAAACUAAACUAGCAUUUGAUGAGCUCCAUUACAGACACAACAUCUGUCUAAAUGCUCAAAUCUGGCUCAGACCUUGGGUAUGACUGAUCAUCACAAGCCCAUUUUUCAUGUGUAAUACAAAAUGAACAUCCAGGCUUUGUUGAGCUAAUUACUGUAAAGACUUUGGGAUUCAGGGGCUCUCUUUCCCUCCAAUAGAAGCACUUGUUCAUCCAGCUACUAAUUCCAACCCCACUACAUCCCAGACCAAAGGGAAGAUGUGUUAAUACAAAAACAAAAAUCAUUUGUACAUUAGUGCCAUUGCUGAUUGUUAAUGCAUUCUUUGUUGCUACAACAUUUUGUUAGUUUUAGCAGGAAAAAGUCUAAUUGUAGACUCAUUUGCACUGACAUGAAACAUUGCUGAUACACGUGGUUGACACUCCGUAUUUGCCUCCACACAUUCGUCAACUUGCCAAAGUCACUCAGCACUCCUUCUCGUUAGUUUAUUUUGUUAAAGGGCCAGACCAGGAUUACUCCUGUUAAGGUUAUUCUUGAAAGGUGUUCUACAAACAUUACUGCCACAAAUUCUUUCUGCGAGAUAACAAUAUGUACCAUCUGAAAUGUUUAUCCUAAAAUUCCCUGUCGUUUACACUGAUUUUCUUAGCAGUAAGGAUGUCAAGUUGCACUUGAAAAUGACUUCUACCACACAGCGGUCUUCUGAAUCACUUAAUUUACCUGGUUAGUUCCGUUUGACAUAAACUGGUUAUAUUUUCUAAAUACACACAUCUGAUGUUAGUUACUUUCAGUAUAGCUAAUAAAUACAUUUUCAUCGGCAGCAUCAUUCACAUACAUUUAAAUAGUGUGUGUAUAUAUAAUGGCUAUAGUUUGUAAAAUGGUGAGCAGUGGUGCAGAUGCAAUUCUGUUAAAGAAUGAAAAUUGUCAACAACAUGGUUGCCUUUGGACACUCUAUGCACACACGUGGCAGGUAUUGAGCUUGGGGAAAAUGAAUCAUGCCAAAGAAAGCCGUACUUUACUCCUGCAAAUUAUAAUCUGUUAGUUAAUGCCCUGCUCAAUCCUUACCAAUGAGAGUGGACCACCAACAGCAGCUCAGGCUGAAAGGCUGGUAAUUCUGUACGUAGGGUGGCGCAGAUAUUUUGUGAUGUCAAAGUCGGAUGCUGCUUCCAACCUCUCCAGGACAAAGAAAAAAAAACACUAAUCUGUUGUGUUGCAAACAGAUAACCCCCUGGAUCAAGUUUCAUUUUAAUGAAGUUUUAUACUGUACCUCUGAAGAGAAAUAUAGUCACAACAGGUGAUUUGUUUUUGGAUAAAUUAAAGCAACAGUUCCAGUUUGAUCACUAAUGUUUAAAGUUGAGUUGUCUGUUGGCUGGUUGCUUGUAGAUGGAAGGCCGCAUGACAGCCUACAAACAUACAGUUCAAUCUGGGCAUUUGUUGAAAGUUCUGUGAUGUCAAGCAAGGAGAAGAGAAGCAUGGUUUUCUGAGGUGGGCAAAUAUUUUUCAACACUUCUUUUAAAUCAUAUCUGUGAAAGCAUAGGCAGUAUCUGGUCUGAAAGGGGCGAAAGGCAUUUUUCAACAUACUCUUUUUCAAAGCCAGUCAUGUGACUUUCGCCUUAUUUUCUUGAAAGGGUAUCUGUUCUAUAAGCUUUAAAAAUAUAUAUAUUAUUAUUUAAGGGGAGACUUUGUGAAGCACUUGGUUUGCAGAUGAUUGUUUAAUGUCCUUGAAGAAAUUACUUAAAAUUUUAUGUCUGCUACUUUUAUGCUAUGCCUUGCCUCUGUCAUAAAUUUCCAAUCUUGUGGCGCAAACGGGUGGAGGAUUUCUUUCUUUUACUUACUGUUGUUGUCGUCGUCGU